AUGGAGGGAGCACAACCAUGCAAUACACCCAUUUCUAAUUCUACAAAGUUGUCUAAAUAUGAUGGGAUUCUACUUGAGAACCCUAAAGAAUACAGAUCCCUUGUAGGUGCUCUGCAAUACCUAACUUGGACCAGGCCAGAUCUCUCUUUUGUAGUUAACUUGGUUUGUCAGCAUAUGCAGAGCAUCCUAGAAGCUCACAUUUGGCUUCCGCUAAGCGGAUUCUCAGAUAUGUUAAAGGAACUUUGGGAUUUGGGUUGCAUUUCACUAAGGGGAGUGACUUUCUAUUGGUCUUCUAAGAAACAAACCACCAUUGCCAGAUCCAGCACUGAAGCUGAAUACAGAACUCUGGCUCACAGUGCUGCUGAUGUUGUUUGGAUUUUCUAUCUUCUCCAGGAUCUCAUGUCACUUUACCAGGGUUUCCGUAUAGCCCGCUUGCCAGGAAUGUAUGGGCGAUUGAUUUAA